AGAGAGAGAGAGAGAGAGAGAGGGAGGGAGGAGGCGGCGACUCUCACUUUGCAUGUCGAGCAGUGGAAGCACAAAGUUACAAAUCGCUGCGGGGAGACACUACCCUGACCAGCACAACAUCUGCUGGCAGCACGGGGUAGAAAGAAAAGGUUGCCAUUUGCACUUUCUGAUGUGGACAGCUCGAGGAAGCCGGGGUGUAUUUAGAUAUCAUUGUUGAUUUACCAAAGCGAUUUUAAUUUUUUUAUUUCUCUUGUUGCGUACUAAGUGUCAACGCAUUGGUUCUCUUGGAGUUAAGAGGGCAGACCUCGAGGUUUUGAACGGAAAAGUACGGGAGAACGCAAGUGGAUUAUAGGUGUCAAAUCUGUUUCUUGGCUAAACUAUUCGAGACAGUUGCUGGGAAGUUUGAAGGCAAAGUUUGCAUUUGAAGGGGGCUGGACCGCGUAAACGACACGCAGUUCUUUGGAUUCUGGUUCGCGUUUCACUGGAUGGUGUAAUCAAGCAGCAUGCUGUCUUUUCGUGUUGCACGGAGGAUAAUUGAUAAUACGCUUUUGAUUGGAGCUUGGAGAGAAAACACAGGGCAAGAAGACUAGCAGAAUUAACUGGGCUGCAAACCGGCAGUGUGAAAGUGACUCCUUCUGUACAUGCACAGAGAGAAACGUUUGGAGUUUUGUUUUGUUUAUCAUUUACUUGCAGAACCCGGUAUAUUUAAUAAGGCGGUGUUUAUUUGUACACAUUUUAGACAAAUGACAACAUCAUAAAUGUCAAGGAGGUGCCCGCUCCUUUGGUUUUAAUAAAUAAAGGCACUCGGCUUUUAAAAUAAUAAUAAUUGUACACAAUCUAGCAGCUCCCGCAACGCUUAAAUGAUGUGGAGUGAAAGUUACCCAUCGCUCGCUAUCCUUGUCUUGACUUUCCUCCUGUCAGUAAUUGAUGUAAAAGCCAGCGGCGAGUACUGCCACGGCUGGCUCGAUGCGCAGGGUAACUGGCGUGAGGGGUUCCAGUGCCCGGAACUCUAUGACAGUGCAGAUGCCACCAUCUGCUGCGGGAAAUGCGCCCUCAGGUACUGCUGCUCCAGCACGGAGGCUCGGCUGGACCAAGGGACGUGUGAAAACGACAGGAAAGUCACGGAGCAAGGGAAAGGAGACAAAGACAACGAUAAUGCAGCAGUGCCGAUCUACGUGCCUUUCCUGAUCGUGGGCUCCGUGUUCGUUGCCUUUGUCAUCCUGGGCUCCCUGGUGGCGGUGUGCUGCUGCCGUUGCCUGCGCCCCAAGCAGGAGCCCCAGCAGAGUCGGGCGCCAGCGGGAAGCCGGCUGAUGGAGACCAUCCCUAUGAUCCCCAGCGCCAGCACCUCACGGGGCUCCUCCUCACGCCAGUCCAGCACCGCUACCAGCUCCAGCUCCAGCGCCAACUCCGGGGGGCCCGGAGGGCCCCGAGGGCCCAUCGUGAGGGCGCAGGCCAACUGCUGCCUCCCGCCAGACGGGGGUCUGAGCAACGUCUAUGUCAACAUGCCCACCAACUUCUCUGUGCUGAACUGCCAGCAGGCCACCCAGAUCAUGCCCCAUCAGGGGCAGUACCUGCACCCCCAGUAUCUUGGAUACGCCAUCCAGCACGAGGCCCUGGCCAUGCCCCCUGCGCCCCCCUUCCACGACGGGAUGCAGGGAGGAGGGUACCGCCAACUGCAGUCCCCCUACCCCCCCAACAGCAUGAACAGCGAGCAGAAGUACCCGGCUGUGACUGUUUGAAAGAAAAGUCCUAAUAAUAAUAGACAGUGAAGAAAAGAAAAACACUUUUUUUUGUUUGUUUGUUUUUAAAAGGUUUUAAAUAAAAAGUCUUUAUUUUUUGUACUGGACGAAGGAAGCAGGGAGUGGAUGCUGAGAACUGAAUUGAAUUUGUACACCAAACUUCAUGCCUGUAGAAAGCGUUUCACAACUCUUCAUUUGAAGAAGUCAGUAUCCAAUCUCUGGGAAUGAUUUUAUUUCUUUUUACAGUUUUUCCUGCUCUCCGGUGCUUUGCUUUUAAAAGCUCACCCACAACAUUUCCUGGUUUGCUGUCUGGCUAAUCUAACAAUAGCCCUUCUUUGUAUGUCUCUGAUCCAAACACCGCUCUGCAGUGAAGGUGGAUUGGGUUCCAUCCUCUGUGAACUGGCAGCUCUGCUGGUGCUGGUCCAGGAUUGCGUGGACUAGCUUGCCUGACUUCAGGAGGAGUUCCUGAUGGGGUGUGUGUGUGAGACGGACUUUAUAAUAAGAUUGUUCAGUGGAACAGUUAAACUGCACAGUGGGUGUGCUCCUGAAACAAACAAAUUCUGCGUACAGAUUCCAUGCCAUUUACUGCAGAGAAGAAGAGGACUGGGGUCUGGUGCAAAACAGAGCAGUCUUUUUGAUAAGCUGUCCAUUUAUUAAAUUAUACAAAUUAUAAAUUAUAUUAUUCUGAAAAGAAAGGCAAAUCCUGCAUCAGUUAACAGUGUUGUACAGUAUAAUGUACGUCAAUUAAACCCUCUAGAAACCUAUAUUAAAAUAUACCACUUGCGUAUCGAACCCGUACCACUAAGACAGGAACAGUAACAAGGUACUAAAUCUGAAUGUGGGUCCUUGUGCACCGGGAACAGUGUAAUAUCUCCUUGACACGCAGGGAUUUCAUCUCGUAAUGAAUACGUAUAUGAGGUGGCAGCGUUAGAUUUCGGUUAAAGGAAACUUGAUUUAUUAACUUUUAAAAGCUGCUGAAAUCACCUCCCACCGGCAUGUAAAUCCAGUGUAAAUAUUGACUUGCAGGGAUGCAUUCGUCAGAUAAGUGAAGGGUUCCUCUUCAUGGCAAAAGCUUCCUGACGUUACUGACGCUACGUUACUGAAAGCUGAAACCCAUUCCUUGCUUUGUCAGUCAGAGGGGCUGUUACUCUCUUUGGAGUCCAAAGAGGCUACUUUAAUUAGUAUCAGAUGCUACUUUUGACCGACUUCAACACAAUAGCAAAACCCACCUGUUUGUAUGUGACGAUACAGAUGCAUUUUGUCACAGACAUGUAUAACAAGAAUGGGUGCUAUCCAGUUUAUAAAAGGGGUUCCAAUGUGCAUCUGUCAGUCAACUAGGCAGACAUAUCACAGGCUGGGUUUGAAAGUUGUGAGUGGAAAGCAGGACAAAUGCAAGUGUAAAACUGUGUGUGUGUGUGUGUGUGUGUGCAUGUGUGUCCUAAAUAACGAAAUGCAUAUAAUACUUAAACAGAAAUCCAAUCCAAUAUACACACACACACACACACACACACACACACAC